AUUUCUUCCCCGUGGUCUUAGGGAAGGGAGAGGGUGAAACCCUAUCCUAACCGGCCUAACGGGUAUAAAGAGUGGGACUUCACCCUUAGUUAAACGUUCUCAUGGGAGCUGUAUGAACUAUAAAUGAACUUCUGUAUUUAGCAAAAUAACUUGGCUUCUUGGAUCUGCUAAGAUAUUUUAGAACAAACUAUUUUGCUUAACCUUGACUUGCAAGGACGUGGCUGCAAAGUCCAGGUGUUUUGGUUGAUGGACUUGGCUGUUAUCCCAGAAGGAGCCAAGAAAUGGGCUAUAAAGGAAAACACAGCUUUUAAUAAAGUGCCAUUGCAUACAUUCACGCUUCAGAAUGUUUCUUUGGUCCUCCUGAACCCUACUUUUCUAUAUUCUCUUUUUUCUCAAGACCACUCACCCAACUUCAGCUUUCUGUGAGGAACACGCCGGAGCUGGUCUCCGGCAGCACUGAAGCAUUUACCAAGCCCUGAUGUCUAAGGGGACACAAUUCCACUUCCUCGGCAAACAGGUGAGGCUGGCCUCUCCGCACCCAGAGGCCUGAGCUCUGCCAUGGGGGUAGGGGUGUCUUUAUUGCUGCAGUUUUCGCUGACGUCUGGGGGCUACCGGAGCGGGAGCCGAAGCAGGCGCUGCAGCCGCGGAAGUCUCCGCAGGAGCGUCCCCAGGCGGAACUGGAUCAAGCUGUAUCCCCAGCCCCACAGCCUCCAGGCAGAGGAAGAACAGAUGCUGGAACGACGCUGCAGGGGCCCCAUGGCAAUGGGCCCUGUCCACUCCCGACUCCUCUCGGGGCCCUCCCAGGAGUCACCAGAGACCCUGGAGGAGGAACCCCGCGGGCUGAGGUCACCGGGCACUUCAGCGGCUGCGUUGGUUGGCCAAGCCCCAGGGAGAACCCACCGCUGUGCCCAUUGUAAGCGGAACUUCCCAGGGUGGGUGGCCCUGUGGCUACAUGCUCGGAGGUGUCAGGCUCGGCUGCCCAUGCCCUGCCCCGAGUGUGGGCGCCGCUUCCGCCACGCCCCUUUCUUGGCACUGCACCGCCAGGUCCAUGCGGCAGCCACCCCAGACCUGGGCUUUGCCUGCCACACCUGUGGGCAGGGCUUCAGAGGCUGGGUGGCUCUGGUUCUGCACCUACGAGCCCACGAAGCUGCAAAGCGGCCCGUCGCCUGCCCAGAAUGCGAGAGGCGCUUCUGGCGACAAAAGCAGCUGCGCGCUCACUUGCUACGGUGCCACCCGCACCCCCCGGAGGCCCGACCCUUCAUCUGCGGCAACUGCGGCCGGAGCUUUGCCCAAUGGGACCAGCUGGUUGCUCACAAGCGGGUCCAUGUGGCUGAGGCUCUGGAAGAGGCUGCCGCCAAAGCCCUUGGGCCUCGGCCCAGGGGCCGCCCCGCGGUGACAGCCCCCAGGCCUGGUGGAGAUGCCAUUGACCGCCCCUUCCAGUGUGCAUGCUGUGGCAAGCGCUUCCGGCACAAGCCCAACCUGAUCGCCCACCGCCGGGUGCACACGGGUGAGCGGCCGCACCAGUGCCCAGAGUGCGGAAAGCGCUUCACCAACAAGCCCUACCUGACCUCCCACCGGCGCAUCCACACUGGCGAGAAGCCCUACCCGUGCACAGAGUGCGGGCGCCGCUUUCGGCACAAACCCAACCUUCUGUCGCACAGCAAGAUCCACAAGCGGUCCGAGGGGUCAGCGCAGGGUGCUCCGAGCUCAGGAAGCCCCCAGUUUCUAGCUGUCUCCCUGGAGCCCAUCCCAGAGGCCCCACCGAAACCUGCAGGGGAUCCUGUCCCCGAGCCCCUACCUGGAGCCCCUCACGGCCCCCCGCCCGCCCCUGCCGCUGUGCCCCCAGAGCUGUACAGCUGCGAGGACUGCGGGCGCAGCUUCCGGCUACAGCGCUUCCUGCGUGCCCACCAGCGGCAGCACAGCGGCGAGCGGCCCUUCACCUGUACCGAGUGCGGCAAGAACUUCGGUAAGAAGACCCACCUGGUAGCUCACACUCGGGUCCACUCAGGCGAGCGGCCCUUUGCUUGCGAAGAGUGCGGGCGCCGCUUCUCACAGGGCAGCCACCUGGCCGCCCACCGGCGUGACCAUGCCCCUGAGCGGCCCUUUGUCUGCCCAGACUGUGGCAAGGCUUUCCGCCACAAGCCCUACCUGGCUGCUCACCGGCGCAUCCACACUGGUGAGAAGCCCUACGUCUGCCCUGAGUGCGGCAAGGCCUUCAGCCAGAAGUCCAACCUGGUAUCCCACCGGCGCAUCCACACUGGCGAGCGCCCCUACGCGUGCCCCGACUGCGACCGCAGCUUCAGCCAGAAGUCCAACCUCAUCACCCACCGCAAGAGCCACAUCCGGGAUGGCGCUUUCUGCUGCGCUAUCUGCGGCCAGACCUUUGAUGAGGAGGAGAGGCUCCUGGCCCAUCAGAAGAGGCAUGACGUCUGAAAGGGGUGGGGCUGAGGAAGCUGGGGGCGGGGAGAGCGUCCCAGUAGCUCAGGGUGUCCUGGUCAUUGCUGGUAUAGAACAUGGGGUGGGACCCCUGGAAGGGACCGAGGCCUGGUGCGAAGUGAGUGAGUCCUGUUAGGAAGAGAGAUCACCUCCCCUUCACCGAGGAGUCCACUCUCAAGAGUGCCAGGGCCCCAGGCCUCCAGCUGCCACCCUGACUCUUCUGCCCCUGGAAAAGUAGCAAUAACAUCUUGACCAUCCCUUAGCGCCUGCGGGCUAGAGGGGCCACCCAUGGGAAGGAGGAUGCACCCUCUUGGUGUUAACCGCCUUAACGACCCGUGUCUUUCAUGAUGAGUUACUCCAAAUCCAUCUGGAAGUAGGAGUGGUGUGGUUCUUAGUAAAAAACCCUCGGGGAGGAACAGUGGGCCAGCUGGAUACACCUUGGAGAACCUGCUGGCCUUGUUAGACAGCUCCUGGACUGUGUCCAGCGUGUGGAGGUAACGCUGCGCUGCUCUAACCUGUCCCAUCCUGUCCUCUUCCCCUGUCCCUUGUCUAGGCACCUAGACCUAGACUAAUGACUGUUAGUGCCUCCCCAAAGUCCAACCCCCAGGGCUUUUCCUAGCAUAUUCCUCCCCUGCCUCCCACCCCCCAGCCCCACUGUCAGCAUCCUUGUGUCCAGGCUUUUGUCUGAAUAACCCGAUUCUUUCACUCCUGCCAGACCUCAGAAUUUUAGGGAAAGGACAGACCCACUGGAGUGUCGCCUGCAGGGAAGCACUGGGGAGGUGGCUCUUAGCGUUUCUGUGUUUGGUGCCCAGCCUUUGCUUAAACACAUAGCUCACAGGGACUUCCCUACCUCCCAAGGCUCCAGUUCUAUUUUAGGAUAAUUCUAAUUGUUAGAAAUGAUUCCUUAUAAUGAAUGAAAUUUGCUUUCCCCAAAUGUCUACUUAUUCGGCUUUGUUCUUUCUCUGGAACUUCACAGAACAACUAUUUGCCUUCCUUUUCAAACUAGAGAAUAAACUUGGUUUUAGAACUGG